AUCUAGGCUUUGCUUCAUUCAUUGACUGCGUCGACGACAUGUUGAGCGCGCUCGUUCCUGCUGUCUUGGUGGCCAUGCUGCUGCAAGGGACCGACAGUGCCGUGCACAAGACGCCUCCGCUACGUGAAUGCGACGGGUGGACGCCGCGGUACCCUGUGAAUGCCGCCUACAACACGACGUUUCACGGGUAUGCGGACGACGUUGUGAACGUGCACUUGAUCCCGCACACGCACGACGACGCCGGGUGGCUCUUGACUGUGGACGAGUACUUUACCGAACAAGUUGACUACAUCUUGGACACGGUGCUCGUGGAGCUACACAAGAACCCCGACCGCCGCUUUAUGUAUGUCGAGCAAGCCUUCCUUCGGCGAUGGUGGCGUGAACAGUCGAACGCGACAAAAGAGUCGUUCAAACAAUUGGUAACCAACGGCCAAUUGGAUCUGUCGGCCAACGGCGGAUGGGUCAUGCACGACGAAGCGACGCCGCACUAUACCACGCUUCUCGAUCAAACUGCCCUGGGCCACAAGUUUCUACUGGAUGAAUUUGGAGUGAUUCCGCGCAUUGGAUGGCAGAUCGAUCCAUUUGGGCACUCGGCAACCCAAGGCUCGCUCUUGUCGAGUGGCAUCGGCUUUGACGCACUAUAUUUUGCUCGCAUGGAUUACCAAGACUACGCUAAACGCAAACUCAACAAAGAUUUGGAAUUUAUAUGGAAGCCGUCUCCUUCCCGCAACGAAUCGGUCUUUACGGGCAUGAUUCAAGAGAAUUCGUACGGUGCGCCGCCUGGCUUUUACUUUGACGAGAACCCCCCAGUAAAGGAUGACCCGUACCUUCACGAUUAUAACGUGUGUGAUCGCGUGAAAUCGUUUGUCGAGUUGAGUUUGCAACGCGCCAAGUACACCAAGGGCAACCAUAUAUUUUGGCCCAUGGGCGAAGAUUUCAAGUUCCAAAAUGCGGUCAAGUGGUUUAAAAAUUUGGACAAGUUGAUCCAUUAUACCAACCAAGAAGGCCGUGUGAAUGUAUUUUACUCGACAUUGGGAAACUAUACCGACGUGAAAUUGCAAGACAAAUCGCUUCAGUGGACCACCAAGACCGACGACUUUUUUCCGUAUGCUGAUCGAGCGAAUGGUUACUGGAACGGCUACUUUACCAGUCGACCGGCGCUCAAGCGAUACAUUCGUGUGGCCAAUAGCGCCCUGCAAGCCCUUCGGCAGUUGGAAGUGUGGCACGGCAGUCCAGUUUCCAGCCUCAACCAUUUGUUGGCGUCGGUGAGCCUCACAAUGCACCACGACGGGAUCACGGGCACGGAAAAGCAGGCGGUGGCUGCAGAUUACGCCCAGCGAUUGGCUGAAGGAUUAGCCGAUGGGCAAGACGUACUCAACUCGUUGCUAAGCAACUACGCGUCGUCUCCCCCGUGGUCGUUUUGCUUGUCGGCCAACGUGAGCAUCUGUGGCCCCACUACUACUAGUACUACUACUAGUACUACCACCAACUUUUCAUUUGUCGUGUACAAUCCGUUGCCGGUUGCGCACACGUUCGCCAUCACGUUGCCCGUCACGUCGUCGCCCUCCUCCACCAAUGAUCCUCUCGUCGUGCGUCUAGCCAAUGGCUCAAUUGUACCCAGCGCCGUAGUGCCUUCAGUGCCCGUGUAUUCCGGGCACUCAGUAGUAUCCACGGCAUCCCAUCAGUUGAUCGUCCAAGCUGCGAUCGCCCCGCUAACGUCGCAAGUGUACCAUGUUGUCGCCGAGUCCAGUAGUGAAACUCAAAACAGCAACCAAGUGACCAAGGAUGCUUUACCCUCUUCUUCGUGGUCAGUUGUGCGGGGGUCGGUGGUGACUGCAUCCAACGACUUUGUUCAAAUUCAAGUCGACACGGCUACUGGCUCCCUCGUUGCCAUCACAAACAAGGCUACGCAUACCAGUAUAAAAGUCCACUCGGGGCUAUUUUAUUACCAAGCCCACGCCACGCCUGGAGACCCGACCAACUCUGGCGCGUACAUUUUCCACCCCAAUACGUCCACAGUGCACCCGUUGCCGUCUGUGACAUCGUUCAAGUGCCAAAAGACAACAGUCCUGGCGUCGUGUGUGUUUCAAUUUGGACGGUGGGGAGUGUUGGAGUAUAAACUGCACCCGUGGAACUCGUCAGUGCAAGUCGAAUGGACGGUGGGCCCGAUCCCCGUUGACGACCUCCAAGGUAAAGAAGUGAUCCUUCGGUUUGACACAUCGGUGGCGUCCAAGAAAACGUGGUACACGGAUUCGAACGGCCUUGAGUUUAUAAAACGCAUUCGAAACCAUCGGGACACGUGGGAGCUGAAUGUGAACAGCGCCGAAGAGGCGAUCGCGGCCAACUACGUGCCCAUGACACUGGCCACGUACAUCCGCGACACGGUGUCGCAGUUUAACGUUGUCACAGACAGAGCUCAAGGCGUCGCCAGUUUGAGAGAUGGAUCGGUGGAAGUGAUGGUACACCGUCGGUUGCUCGAGGACGACCACAAGGGUGUGAACGAGCAUUUGAACGAACUUGAAACGCUCAGUGUGGGUGACAAUGCAGUGGUGAUCCAAGGCCUAACUGUGCGCGGGUCGGUUGCUUUGAGCGUGGGACCGUUGGAUGCUGCCAUGGAGAGGCUUCGACUGGACAUGUACUAUCGGUAUCUCACUCCGCUAGUGGCCGUGGCCCAUGGGCAUAUUGUUCCUUCAUCAAGUCAUGACCAUCACUCUUGGAUCGACCGGCUGCCACUCAACGUCGGCCUCACGUCACUCGAAGCGCACUCUCCAAAGUGCAUUCGGCUGCGUCUCACGCAUUUGUUUGCUGUGGACGAACAUCCGGUGUGGUCGCAACCAGCGACGGUAUCGCUGGCGACAUUGUUAGGCCCGUCGUUCGAGUCGUUUUCGACUGUGUGGGAAAUCAGUCUCACGGGGAAUCGUCGGUCGGUCGGGUGCUGGGGCCUUUUGCGACGGCGGCCGCGCUAACCAUCCGCCCGAUGCACGUCCGCGCCUUUGAGAUUUGCAAGUCGACUGGACAUGUGGAAGAAGCAGUUUCAGUGGAUGGUUUUGACGUGCCAGAGUUCUAAUUGUCCAUCAAGUAGCCCUAGCAUCUAACAUACUUGGCUAAUAAUUAAUGGUCAUGGUUGGGCGACUGCUAUUAUUGUCAAU